AUUUCAACUUAAAAAUUGCUAUUCAUAAAUGGAAAGUAAAGUAUUUUUAUUUUAUUUUAAGAACUUAUAAAGUUCUGCGAUUAUAUAAUGGUAUACGUAAGGAAAGCAUGCAAACGCUACAGGACCAAAAUUAAUAAAAACUUUUUAAUUAAAAUCUCUGUUUUUUUUGUGACACACUUUAUUGUCUAUGCUUUUUUUUCAACUUUAUUGAAGUUUACAUUUCAUUUUUGUAUUUGUGUUUAUUUUUUAUUUUAUUUAUUUUUUUAUUCGAAGUAUAUUUUAUUAUAUACUUAUUAACAUGUGUGGCGGUUGUUCCGCUGCGUGUGGCAACCAAAUUGGGAAUGUAGUAUACGUCCUUGAAAAAUUAGCAUCCUUUGCCGCGCUAACAGCAAUUGUGUUAUGCAUCAUAACCACAGUCGCCAUUUCUCUGGGCCUAGGGGUCGGACUCGGCUACAAUUAUUGCUACGUUGACUUGAAAGUUAUGACAGAGGAGCCACUAGCAGCAAACUCAGCAAAUUUAUUAAGGACGAUGGAGGAACCUACAGAUCUACCACCAAAUUUCAGGCGGUCUCAGGGCACAUCAGCUCGGCGAACAAUGGCAUUGCCGCCGAUUAAAAAUACCAUGGCAUUGCCACUAAACGGGGAAUACGACUUUCCCUCGUUGAUAUCGAAGCUGAGGUCCCGCAACAAAAAUGUUACCCUAGAAUUAAUUACGUGAUUUAUUGAUCAUGUAUUCUAUGGUG